AUGGCAAACGAACACCUCACAGUCGAUCCGGACGAGGACAACGUGCCUCUGAUGAAGAGCCCUGUUGUCCGCGUCAAGUCUUUUCCCAAGGAAAACCCAUCGCCAGCCGACGGUCAAGGGGGCAAACCCAAUCUCGAAAGCCUCGGUUGGAGGGAGUCGGACGAUGAUCACCCAGAGUUUGAGAAGCACGCCGAAGCGACGAAUAUCGAGGUCUUUUACGACCUCUUUUUUGCUGCAAUUCUGUGCGUUUUUGCAGAGGUGCAAGAUGUGACCAACUUGCAGCAGCUCAACAGCUUCAUCGCUUACUUUGUGCUGUUGUGGCUGGGCAGUUGGGCUCUAUUGGGCCUCUUCGAUGUCCGCUUCAUAACGGAUAGUAUUUUUGAACGAUCCAUACGAGCGGUGCAUUUUGGUGUCAUGGUUGGCUUCGCAGUUGUUGCACCAACGUGGUCCCUAUACGAAAAUAAAUCCCAGACAUACCGAACCCUCUCCCUUAUCCUCAUGGCGUCUCGGCUUGCCAUGGCCUCACAAUACGGAUCCAUCAUGUGGCACAUUCGAAGAUUCAAGAAAACCAGGCUACCCAUGGGGAUGAUGGUGGCAUUAAAUCUUGUUUCUGCCAUCAUCUAUCUCGGCGUUGCAUUUGCCUUCAAGGACGGCACAGACAGCAAGCUAUACGCCAUUUGGUUCAUCAUGGUUGGCCUGGAGACCCUCAUCACCAUUCUCUUAUCCCUUAAGUUUCAAGUUCUGAGCUUCUCAGGCACGCAUAUCGUCUCCCGCAUGUCGCUUCUCAGCUACAUCUUCAUGGGCGAAGGGAUUAUCACCGUCCUGAGCGCCGUCACCAAGGUUGUGAUAAAUCACAAUUCGUGGACAAGCGCGACAAUAGGCAACGUGGCCGCGGGAAUCUCCAACCUCUACCUCAUUUACAUGAUCUACUUUGACUGGAGGAGGAACCUGAGGAUGCCGCUUUAUAGAGAGCUUCUGUGGUCAUUCCUCCAUUUCCCCUUCCACCUCUUUUUAAAGCUUUUCAUCCUCGGCUCAUCGCAGUUUGUCAUCUGGUGGAAAGUUAUCGAAACUUAUCUCUCUACCAACAAGAUGUUCAUGACCGCCUUGAAGGCAGGGGAUGACCCCGGCUUUAAUGUCACCACAUCGUGGUUCGUCUCAACCAUCAACGGAACUCUCAACGAGGUGUUUCAGCUCUACAGGCCAAAAUAUGAUGUAACCCCUCAAUCGAUCAGCGAUGGGUUGGCAUUGCUCAUGGAAAUCCCCGAUGACUUCUGGGCCACAGUCCAGGAUUUACCAGAAGAGGAAUUCUUGAAUAAUGAAACAGUCAGCCACAUCACCAACGCCUUGACGGAACUGCUUACUGCUAUGCAGAACUCACUCUUUGCAACAUUCAAUGUCAACGGAUACUCGGCCUUUGAAGGUAGCGACGAGGUUUUCAAAAACGCUGCGGAACUAGAGGAACGGGUUUGGGAGCUGAACUGGGGCAAGUUCAAGCUCGUUUUCACCUACGCCUACGUCGCCGCGGGGCUCACACUCAUCACGAUGAACCUCCUCUACAUCGUCUCUCGCAACGGAGGCUGGACUCCCUUCAACUACGUCCGCAAAGGUCUCAACUUCCUCAUUGGCGUCGGCCUUUGCCUGGUCACGUUGAUAACCCUCAACACAGAGCAGGUCCUUCAACUCUGGGGGACACCCUGGCCGUUGCCGAUUCUUGUCAUUACCCUCUUUGUCGUUCUCAUCCUCAACCAUCUGCCUCAACCACCACCGAUUUUCUUCAAUGGAGCCAACACAAAGCGCCUGGGUGGUGACAAGCGGAAGAAGCAGAAGACCGGGUGGGGUGUUGUCAGGCAGAUGGGCUUCAGAACUGGAGCUGCGCCGGCUGAGAAGGAUACCGGGUAUCCAGGUGCUGGGUCUGCUCACCCACAGGAAGGGUAUCAAGCGCCUGCGCCGGGGUACCAGCAGCAGGACUCGCCGGUGGUUUCCGGGCAACAACGCCAAUAUGAGCAGCAAUAUCUCCAACAGCAGCAGCAGCAGCAGCAACAAGUAUAUUCUCAACAACAGCCACAGUAUCAAGAGGUAGAUAUUGCAGGAUAUCCCGAGCGACAGCAGUAUCAUCAAGGAUAUCAGCAUCACCAACAGCAGCAAGGUCAAGGAUAUGGACAGGCUCCGUAUCAGCAGGGCUAUUGA